UAGGAGGUCUGGGAUUUCCAAAGAAACUGGAAAAUUUUGGAAAAAAAGGAGGGGAAAGAGAGACAGAAUUAAGAAGUUGAGGAACAAGACUGAGGCCUUGUUUGGUAAACAAAGAAACGGGCCUAAGAAUAUCAGGACAGGAAGCUAUUUUGUGAAGCAUCCGGAAAUGAGCUUUAGAAACAACAUUUGAAGUGAUUGGAUUCAUUGGACUUCCAGAGCUGGAGAGACUUAAGAGUUCACUUCGUGCAUUUUGCCUUCCCUAUUUCACAGAUGACUAGGCGUAGGCCCACAGAAGAAAGUGAGCUUACCCAGGCACAUCGCUACUUACUGGCUGCGGUGGGACUGGAUGUUGGGAGGGGUAGGGCACCCAUCCACCUCCUGGAGUCACACUGAUAGGGGUUUGAUUGCGGCUCUGACCUAACUUCCUAGCUGUGUGAUCCAUCUUUCUGAGCUUUCCUCGCCUGUAAUAUACAGACCUCAAGAGCAUCUGUGAGCUUUCAGGGCACAGGCAUGAUGAGAGCUCAUCCGACCAUUCAAGGGUGAAAGUCUGCGACUUUGCAUUUAACUGCCUGCUUCACAGAGCCACCUCAGGGUUAACCGAACAGCCUUGCUAAGGGGCCUUGAGGUUUAUGGGAGAAAGAGGAAGUCACAGGUUCUCGGUUUAUUUUUCUCCCGGCUGUAUGGGUUGGCUGCUGUCAGAAUGCUUCCCCUUGGUCUCCCUUCUCUACUCCAGCCAGCGGAACUGUCCCCCUCCCCCCUAGGAGCUGUUGCCAUGGCAACUCAGUUCUUUCUUCCCAGCCGUUUGGCUGCCUCUGGCUCUCUUUAUUCCAGUACUUGAAUCUUAGAGGUAGAGCCCACAGUCAAGCUGAGAACGAAGUCACACCUAAAUGAGAACCCAGGACAUUCCUGAACCCUGUCACUACUCCUGGUUCUGCAGUGACCUGUGGCAGAGUCUCCGGGACAGAAAUGCAGCCUCCCUCUGAAACUGCCCCAGUCUUUUCUGUGGCUGCGCCAUCACACCCCCUCAGAAACCUUCCCUGACAACCUCCAACACACAUCCAUCCACACGAUGAGCUUCUGAGUCUCCCCUCUCGGCGCCUGCACAUUUAAGCCAUCUGUUUCCCUCUCUCCUCUGUGAGCUCCUUGAGGGCAGGGACUGCGUGCGUCCUCCUCUGCUCAGGAGGAGGCUUGAAUGUAAUAGGCCCUCUACAUUUUCUGGAAUGAAUGAGUAACUAAGGGAAUGAAGAGUGGAGGUAUUGAAAGGGUGAAAACUCGCUGACGUAAUGACUAAGAGCGCAUGCUUUGGGGUAACGUGGCCCUGAGUUUAAGUUCUGACAUCAUCACUUAAUAGCUGAUUGCCUUUAGGCAAUUUACUCCAGCUCCUUAAUCCUUCAUUUCGUCGCCUGUAAAAUGAGGAUUUAAUCCAUUCUUCAUAGGAUUGCUGUGAGGAUUGAAUUAGAGGUUGAAUAGAAAGUGCUUUGCCCAGUUACUAGACUCUGAGGGGAGAGACUGUCCUGCUUUUUCCUCAGUGUUCCAGGUACCUGGCACAUACAUAUUUUAUUGACUGAGUGAGUCAAUUUUAGAUAACCAAAGUUAUUCAGGAAGCUGGUUUGGAAGGCUAACAACUAGUGUAUCACCUCACAUGUAAUAAUCUGGUAUUUUUGUUCGGUCUGUUAGUAUUCCCCAAAUGCAGCCUGACUCUCAGUCUGUUCCCAGGUCCCCCUCCACUGGCCUGUGGGCAUCUCCAGGCAGGCACCACGUGGGUCUUCACCACAUCCUUAGUGCCCAGCUCAAGGGAUCCCCUGUCGUGGAGCUUAACGUGGGAGGUGAGUUGUACACCACCACCAUGGGCACCCUAAGAAAACUCCCGGGUACAAAGCUGGCAGAGAUGUUCUCCAGCUCAGCUAAGCCCUGCAUGGACGCAGAGGGCCGCUUCUUCAUCGAUCGCCCCGGCACCUAUUUCGGACCCAUCCUGGACUACCUGCGUAGCGAGCGGCUGCCCACGCACCACAUCCCGGAGGUGUACCGCGAGGCGCAGUUUUACGCAAUCAAGCCUUUGGUCAAGCUCCUGGAGGACACACCGCAGAUCUUCGGGGAGCAGGUGGCCCGGAAGCAGUUCUUGCUGCGGGUGCCAGGCUACAGCGAGAACCUGGAGCUCAUGGUGCGCCUGGCGCGCGCCGAGGCCAUGGCGGCACGCAGGUCCCCGGUGCUGGUGUGCGCCGUGCGCACUGAGGAGGAUGCGGCGCACUGCGCGGAUGCUCUGCGGAUCCUGGAGGCCGAAAAGAGGUCGGUUGUCAAGUUCGGCCCUUGGAAGGCGGCCCCGCAGGUCAAGGACCUCCUCGACUGCGUGAAGAUGGACAUUACAGCCCAGGGGUACCAGGUAUACUAUGAACCGUACUCCGGGAGGACAUUACGGGCCAAGUAUUUCAGUUACUUUUAUACAUUCGUCUUCAUCUGGUGGUGAUCCCCCAGGGGGCGGGGACAGUUUGUUUUGGGUUCUGGUGGGACUUAUGAAAUUAAAAGUUGCCUUCAAAA